GGUGUUUGUAACUAAAGAGCAGAAUAAUGUGUUUAUGAUAAUACUCGAUAAAUAAAACUAAUACAAGACAAGGACGGGUGAUUUUUUUCCUCAAAAAAGUUGUAUAAAAGACAAAGUAGGUAUGCGAAAAUUCUAUAAAUUUUUAUUAGCCUCAGCGAUUCCAAUAAUGGUGGUAGUGACUUUGGUUGUUCUAUAUUUAGUGUACGGCAUAGUUGAGCCAGCUAAUUUAGAUGUAAAGCAAAAACUGGUCAUAGAUCAAGAUGGAGGUGCCGAUGACGCAAUGGCUAUAUUUAUGGCUUUGCUGUAUGAAAAAUAUUAUGACGGACCUACAGUGGUAGCAUUGACAACAACACACGGCAACGUUGGGGAAGAACAAACCUUUAAUAAUACCCAGAGAAUACUCAGCAUUGCAGAUAGAAGAAACGUUCCAAUCUUCAGAGGUAGUACUAAAGCAUUGAUCGCCGGCAUAGAAUCGGACUAUUAUUUUGGUUAUGACGGCCUCGGGGACAACGUGACAGCCUCUUAUAAAGCUAUUGCUGCUGAAAAAGAACAUGCUGUGUUCGCUCUUAUACAACUGUCCAAAAAAUACAAAGGUAAGCUGACAGUAGUCGCUUUGGGUUCACUCACAAACAUUGCAUUAGCCAUCAGAAUCGAUCCUGACUUCGUAUCAAGACUGUCGCAGCUUUAUGUUGCAGCUGGAAACAUUUACGAUCAAGAUUUCACCAAACCAGAAUUCAAUGCAGCCAUGGAUCCAGAGGCAUAUCAAAUAGUAGUGAACAGUUGCAAACCGGAUAAAUUAACUAUAAUACCGUUUUCUCCGAUCUUAAAAUACCAAAAAAUAAGUAACGAGUGGAGAACGGAUGUACUAGGUUCCAUACGGACUAAAAUAAUGCGAGCUCAGAACCAGUUUGAACAGAUAUCAAUUAAGAGUACCAGCUUCUGGAGUCUUCUGGACCCAUCUGCGAUGGCCAUAGUUUUAGAAGAAUGCACUGUCGUGGAAGAAGCUCUUUACUCUAACAACAGUAUUAUUUUAUGUGGUGAUUCAAGGGGUAUCAACACAAACAAGUUCACAACUUUGGAAGAAGCGAAUGCACGAAUAAUAGUCAAAGUGAAGAAGGAGCCAUACAAAAAAUUCCUAUACAAUUUAUUUUCCUCAGAUUUAGAAGGCAAAUACUAAAUCUUAGAAUUCAUUUCUAUAUCUAUUUUGUUUAUACCUAUAAUGAUAAUUUAAUUAAUGUUUAGUAGUAAUAUUUAGGACCCAGACAAGAUCAAUAUA